CAGCUUUUCGCAAUCAGGCAAAAGAUUGUAUCAGCAGAAAGUACAGAAGGUACCGUUUUUUUGCUGGGCCCACUCGACUUUGAGAAACAAGCGAUGUACCACUUGACAAUAUUAGCGAACGAUGCAUAUGCCGAACCAGGCCAGGAUAGCCGAAAUAUAGCAGGCCUCGAACUCGUAGUAAUUGUACAAGACGUACAAGAUCAACCACCAGUGUUUAAUUCAGCUUCCCCGGUGACGAAAUUACCCGGAGGUAUUCUUCCAGGAGAUAAGAUUCUUCAAGUUCAUGCUGAAGAUGGUGAUAAAGGCAAUCCUCGAGAAAUUCGAUAUGGUCUUGUUUCUGAAGGAAAUCCAUUUACUAGCUUCUUUGAUAUUAAUGAUACCAGUGGAGAAAUCUUUCUGAUGCGUCCAAUCGAAGAUAUUGCGGCAAUCACACAUGUUGGAGAUCCUGUCUUGCUAACUGUUAUUGCAGAAGAAGUAAGGGUUGGCCGAGAUGAACUCCCAGCUAUGGCUUCAACUGUACAGUUGGCUUUUUUUCUUCCAGAACGUGCGAACUCAGCGCCAUACUUCGAAAAUGACCACUAUGUCACUAGGGUGGAUGAAAAUGCUCCACAAGGAACUGCUUUGACAUUUGCGGAUCCAUAUUUGCCUCGUGUGUACGAUGAUGAUACCGGAAAAAAUGGAGUCUUCUCUUUAACCUUGCUAAACAAUAACGGGACAUUCGAGAUUACACCCAAUGUUGCUGAACGCAGUACUUCAUUUCUAAUACGUGUACGUGAUAAUGUGUUAUUAGAUUACGAAGAACGCUAUUCGGUGCAAUUCCAAAUUUUAGCACAAGAAUUAGGACCAGCAACAAAUCUUUCAGUAGCUGCGAAUGUCACGGUGUACAUUAACGACGUUAAUGAUAACCCACCGAUAUUUGAACACCCUGUGUAUACUGUAGAACUUCCAGAAAAUAUGACUGUCGGGACCAAAGUUGUCCAAGUUAAAGCCAGCGACGUAGACAAGGCAGGUCUAGGCGGACGUGUUCGAUAUACAGCAAUUUUGGGCUAUUUAAAUACCUCAUUAAAUCUAGAUGCAGAGUCAGGGCUCAUCACAGUAUCGACCAUUAAUCACGGUUUUGAUCGUGAAAUAAUGCCGGAAUACCAUCUAUAUGUAGAGGCCCGCGACAAUGAUGGCACUGGUAAUCGCGCUCAAGUUCCUCUGGUUAUAAAAUUAAUUGACGUCAAUGAUGAAACUCCAAUCUUUGAGAAAGAUCUUUAUGAAUUCAUAUUAUCGGCAGGCUUGAAAAGCUUUACAUCCAUUGCUGUUAUACACGCCAUUGACAAUGAUGCCACAGCGCCCAACAAUGAAGUUCGAUAUGAAAUAAUCAAUGGUAAUUACGAAAAUAAAUUUUAUUUGGAUAAAAUAACUGGCGAAUUGAUAGUUCGAGAGAAAAUAACGUUGCGAUCCAAAACGAGAUUACGACGCCAAACCUUAUCUAACAAUGAUGGCGACAUAUUCCUGCUAACUGCGCGUGCUUAUGAUUUAGGAGUACCAGUACGGUUCAGCACGACUACUAUCCGUAUAUAUCCACCGGAGAGUCGAAGCCGUACUCUGACUUUUGUAGUGCCAGGCGGAAAUCCUGACAAAGCGAAAACUGAAGAAACACUUUCCACAAUAACGGGAGGAAAAGUAAUUAUACACGAUAUUAGACCGCUGCAAGCUGAUGAGCUAGGCGCCAAAACAAUUAUGGGAGCAAGUGUAGAUGCAAUGAAAAGAAGUAUUGUAACCGCCGCUGUCCUGUAUGAUAGCUCCUCUGUUGUAGACAUAUCUCAGAUUCAGCAACGUUUAUCGCAGCACAAUAGCUCGUUUGCGAUAAUGAAUGGUAGCGAUACAGUGGAAACAGACACUCUCUACAAAGCUGAAAACAAGUUGCUUUUUUGGCUUCUUAUCCUACUUGCUGCGUUGGUUGCCUUAACGAUUCUAAUAUUAUUGUUAUGCUGCAUAUGUCCAUGGUGUCCUCUAUACGGAGGUGCAAGCAAAAGAAUAGUUAAUAUCAGUAGUACUGAAGACGAUGUUCACCUAGUGCAUAGGGAAAUGGCAAAUGGAAAACAAGCAAAAUCUGUUCAGCUACGCUCAUACACAAUAAACUAA